AUGCCCUUGCAUAUGGAUCUCUUUCCUGACAACAGCUACUGGCACCCGCCGCCCAACGCGGCAGUACAAGAUGCUGAUGGCGAAGAAGACAUCCCGCUUGCCGACUAUCAGUGCCCCAACCUUUUCGCGUAUGAUUUCGACCAGGAUUAUACUCACAGUCCUCUCGAGCCAUUGGAUCCUAUUGAACCUGCGCCUCCGCCUACCGCUUAUGCACCUGCACCUGUUGUACCUCCGGCGUCGCCCGAUCGCGACCCCCAUGACAGCAUGCCUCCGCUGCCGCCGCCUGGCCGCCUAGACUGGCGAAAACGACGGUCCAUCAUCUCAGCCCUGUACCAGAAAAACACCGCCGCGGAAACUGCCAGGAUCAUGGAAGCUAGGUAUGGCUUCGUUGCCAGCGUGAAACAGUAUCGGAGCCGCCUCAGGGGGUGGAAGGUCUGCAAAAACUUCAAGGCGAGUGACAUGCGCGAGGCUGCUCAUAUGUACAAGUUGAACAAGAGAGCCGGCGGCAAAGACACCGAGUUCAGGGUGGGGGGUCGACGGAUACACUAUCGUCGCAUUGAGAAGUUCGAGAAACGAAACCCCCCCAUCUCGUCGCGGACUCCAAAUCCUCCCAACUCGACUGCCGCGGUGCGGUACAAUACCCCGCCUCCUCAAAACUCCCCUCCUCAGAACUUCCCUCCUCAAAACUCUCAAAGUACAUCCGGCGGAGAGCCAUGUCUGCGUGAUUCGUCUUUUGUUAUGAAAGAUACACUUGACGCGCUAUUCUCCUGGGAUAGUUUCAUGCCAAGCGGAAACAACACGCCUUCCCAGACCUACCAGACUACAAUGUCCGGGAACAUAGCGCCAGUUGAACUCAUGCUGGACGGGGAGGCCGACGUGGAACUUGUUCCAUGUUCUGUCUCUGAGAUUGACCCGCGUCGUAACAAGAUAACAAUACACCGGCUACUGGCGGAGAACGGGUCGCAGACGUAUGCGCUCGAGGGUAACGGCAACGCGGCGGGUGCCUCUGUCCAGGAAGGCUUCCAGGGGGGCUAUGUCGAGCUAUGGAAUAGUAGGGACAGCUUGGAAGGGCCGUGGUGCACCGAACCGCUCGUGCUCGAGCCGGAGGAGAACCGGCCGACGAGCUCGCGCCGCGACUUAGUGCGCGGACAGAUGCGGUCCUAUGAGAUGUGA